GGGAGACAUGUAACUGUCUUAUUGGGAUAGGUGUUUAUACUGAUUAUAUCCUGUAUAUAUAAUCACCUGGCAUCUCGCUCUGCCAGGCUCCUGCUCCUCCUGGACUCGACCUGUUCUCCGGUGGAGCAGCAGCACCAGGGACCGUGUUUCUUCCUGCGCACACUUCAGGCCACCCCACACACCCCACACACCCUGACAUGGUGACUCAGGGGCUGCAGGAUCUCGCCAUGCUGAACCUGGGAGAGGUGCAGAGUGUCUCGGGUCAGCCCGUCAUGGCCACCGGUGUUGGUUUGGGUUUCGGCGUUUCCUCCUCUCUCUCCUCCUCCAACCCAUUUAUCAGCUCCAGCAUGCCCGGCUCUCCCCUGCGCUCUCUACAGGGAAACCCCGUGCGCUCUGAGGCAUCCCUCAGCAACCUACAUGUUCCCCUGGACUCCAUCAAAACCAGUAAGGCUCUUCCUGUGACUGCGUACGAUAAAGACGGAGUGCGCGUCCUCCUGCACUUCGGCUCUGAGUGUCCUCCCGGGAGACCCGACGUCCUCGUCAUCGUGGUGUCCAUGCUGAACACGGCUCCUCUCGCAGUGAAGAACAUCGAGCUACAGGCCGCAGUGCCGAAGUCCAUGAAAGUGAAGCUUCAGAGUCCGUCAGGAGCCGAGCUGGCGCCCUUUAACCCCGUCCUGCCCCCUUCCUCCAUCACACAGGUCAUGCUUCUCGCUAACCCGCUUAAGGUGAGACACUGAGACACACACACACACACACACACACACUCCAGAUACAUUAUAGCUUUUUUCUUGCUAUUUGGAGCCACAGUGCAAUGUGUUUAUUGCUGCUCUUUGCCCGUGUGUGUGUGCGU